CUUGUACAUCAGCUGUUGUUGGAUUGUAUGAUGCAGUGAAACAGUUGGCCAGUCCCGUCCACGCUUCAGCCGGGCAUCAUGAACCUCUGGAGUCUGAAGUGUGUUAUUCUGACAGCACUUCAGGCUUUAUCUGUCGCUUUGUGUGACAGCGUGGUCUCCACAUCUGCUGAAGGGAGUCUUCUGAGCACGACCAUUCAUCACAGACCAACAGCAAAGCAGAAACACUAUGGGACUACAGUGCCUCUUCAGCUCGUUGGAAAAGAAUGGAAACCUACCAGCCAGUUCCCAUCCCAGAGUCACCCCGCAUCACUGAAGUUCCUGAUUGAAGCGGAAGGUGAGCAGCUGCUCUUGGUGCUGGAGAAAAACGAGGGGCUGUUUGCAAGUAACUAUACAGAAACCCAUUACCUAGAAGAUGGCAUUGCAGUCACCGGCUCGGACAACUUCACGGCAAACUGCUACUACCAUGGUGAGGUGGAGGGACAUGUCAAUUCGGACGUCAGUCUCAGUACCUGCACUGGUUUGAAGGGUUUCAUAACUCUUGAAGGCAAAUCCUAUGUAGUGGAACCAUCUGCUGAUCACUCCGAUGGGACUCACUGGAUCUACACAGCUGAACACCUCAAUUUUGCUCCUGGCACCUGUGGCCAUGAUUUCAACAUAUCCUACCCCAUUGAACAUGCAGACAGCAGUCCGUUCAGGGCUUUCAGCACAAGGCAUAAACGCCACGUCCAGACUACGACCAAGUAUGUGGAGCUGAUCAUUGUCGCUGACAACAGAGAGUUUCAGAAGCAAGGCAAGGACAUGGAGAAGGUCAAGCAGCGGCUGGCUGAGAUCGCCAAUUACGUGGACAAGUUCUACAGGGCUCUGAAUAUCCGUGUGGCCCUGGUGGGCCUGGAAGUAUGGAGUGAUGUAGACAAAUGCCCGAUAACCCAGGACCCCUUCACCACUUUGCAUGAGUUCCUAGACUGGAGGAAGGUCAAGCUGCUCCCUCAGAAGCCUCAUGACAACGCCCAGCUAAUCAGUGGGGUCUAUUUCCAGGGCACCACCAUUGGUAUGGCACCCAUCAUGAGUAUGUGCACAGCAGAGCAGUCGGGGGGAAUCGUCAUGGACCAUUCAGACAACCCCCUGGGGGCUGCAGUCACUCUGGCCCACGAGCUUGGACACAACUUUGGAAUGAACCAUGACACCCCGGAGAGGGGGUGUGGCUGCAGGGUGACCGUGGAUCGCGGAGGCUGCAUCAUGACUCCCUCCACCGGGUAUCCUUUCCCCACAGUGUUCAGCAGCUGCAGCAAGAAGGACCUGGCAGCCAGUUUUGAAAAAGGCAUCGGGAUGUGUCUGUUCAACAUGCCUGAGGUCAAGGUGCUGUACGGUGGACAGAAAUGUGGCAACGGCUACGUGGAGGAGGGAGAGGAGUGCGACUGUGGAGAACUUGAGGAAUGUAUGAAUCCCUGCUGCAAUGCUACUACCUGCACUCUGAAGGGGGAUGCCGUUUGUGCACACGGACAAUGCUGCCAAGAUUGUCAGCUAAAGCCAGCAGGAACUCCAUGCCGUGAAUCCAGCAACGCUUGUGAUCUGCCUGAGUUCUGCACCGGCACCAGCCCUCACUGCCCCUCCAACGUCUACCUGCAUGAUGGCCACGCCUGCCACAGCGUUGACGGCUACUGUUAUAACGGCAUCUGCCAGACCCAUGAGCAGCAAUGCAUCACACUAUGGGGCCAAGGAGCAAAGGCAGCUCCAGGGAUUUGCUUUGAAAGGGUUAACUCAGCGGGGGACCCAUACGGCAACUGUGGCAAGGACUCUAAAGGCUCCUUUGCCAAAUGUGAAGCACGAGAUGCUAAAUGUGGCAAAAUCCAGUGUCAAGGAGGAGCUAACCGCCCAGUAAUUGGUACCAACGCUGUUUCCAUAGAGACGAACAUCCCCAUGCAGGAAGGGGGAAGGAUACUCUGCAGAGGCACCCACGUCUACUUGGGUGAUGACAUGCCCGACCCCGGCCUCGUGCUGACGGGAACCAAGUGUGGAAAUGGACUGAUGUGUCUGAAUCGUCAGUGCCAGAACGUCAGCGUCUUUGGCGGGCACGAUUGCUCAGCCAAGUGCAGCAGUCGAGGGGUGUGCAACAACAACAAGAACUGUCACUGCGAGGCUCACUGGGCGCCUCCCUUCUGUGACAAGGCCGGUUUUGGAGGGAGUCUGGACAGUGGCCCCAUCAGGUUAACAAACAGUGGGGGUCUGACCGUGGGCAUCCUGGUGGCUAUCCUCACUGUGCUGGGAGCCGGUCUGAUCAUCUGCAUCAAGAGGAAAACAGUACUGGGACUGCUCUUCACCAGUAAAAAGAACCCAAUUGAGAAGCUCAGAUCAGUAAGUGCUGCAAUCAGCAGACCCUCCUCUCCAAACCAGCCUCCGUCUCAGAGCACAGCAUCUCCAUCGCGACCGGCCCCGCCCCUCCCACACAGUGCCACCGUCUUCAAGCUUCCACAUCGGGUUCCAGAGGCGGGGCCCCCACCACCCCCUUACCCCUCCCAAAGCCUACACAGACUGCCCCAGUGCCCCCCGGUUCACAUCAGCCACCCUGUUUCUCUGUCUCUCACCCUGUCCCUCUCCCCCGGCCCCGCACUGCCUAGACCGCCGCUGCCUCCCCCUCACAUCCAUGUGGCACCUAGGGGGGCGUCGUUUCGCACCGCGUCACGCCAUAACUCUUGCAGGAUGGUAAUGGAGUUGGAGAAGCCCAGCCCUCCUCAGAAACCCCUUCCAGCCGAUCCUAGGAGCUCUCGCCUGGUGCGAGGUCCCUCUGUAAUGCGGGGGGCCUCGGCUGUAUGUGGCCCCGCACCAACACCCACUGUACCCAGACCUUUGCGGCCUGUCCCAAAACCCAACAGACCCAGUCCCAAGCAGCCUCCAACACUACCAAAGCCUUGCAUUAUUGCCAAUGUCAAAUACAGAAGCUGAGACUUUCACCAGGAUGGGACAAUGUUGUGAUAAGACACUUAAAGAAUUUGCACUAUGAAAACUCUGAAAUCCAUAAAACAAGAUGGCGGCUUCUCUGAGUUUUGAAUCAGGAGAUCUGCCAUGUCCCUUUUGGUGCUCUGUCCCUGAAUGGUGCUACGAGUCUGAGCUCAGGUACAUGUAAAGUAUUUAUAUUCUGUAUUUAUUGCCACGCAGUGCACUGUGCCAGACACUUUUACUACACGGUAGCAACUUAGAAUGUUUUUUAUUUGUCAUUUGCAUCAGUUUCACCUUUUUUUAAAGGGCAGUGACGGAAAAGUGUGGUAAAAUGGAUCCAGUAUGUGAAAUUCUGACUUCAGAAAUAAUUUUUUGAAAUGUGUUUAAAUGUGUUCAAAUUAAAGGAAACUUUUACAUGAUGGUUUUGAUCUAUACACUACAGGAAGGCUUGGAAAAGGAGUAUGGUGCAAUGAUGAAAAAAGACAAAACUUGUAGUCCAUUUAAAACAGAGAUGGACUUUUCUUGAAGAGCAAUGCUCACCAUUUCAAUAAGGCUUGAAACAACUACAGAAAAAGAAAAGAAAGGGCUGCAACAGACAGCCGAAUUGCAGGUUUGUCUCCUCUGCAUUGAUAUUUUGGAAAGGUAACAAGUGGAUUUCGGAAACUGUCACUUCACCAUUUCUCUUUUUUUAACAAGACCCAGGGGGCUCACUCAAAGGAUCUGGGUACUGAGGUAUGGACUGAACACGGAUCUAAAAGAGCGAGAUCAGGGAAGCACUUUUUCCUCAGAGGGAGUAAUCGUCUCUGAAAUAUUGCCCUGCUUAAGGUCAUGUGUGUUUUUUUGAGACUGUCCCUGUGUUCCUGUCUACACGAGGACUCUGAGUGAAGGACUUUCUUCAAGCUGAGGCCACAAAAGAGUCUUGAAGGCACUGAGGUGUGAAUUACAAAUCAUGAUUUGUUUUAUAAUGGGGUAAAGACAUUGAUUUUACAAGGACACAUGUCUUGAUUUCUUUCUGCCACUGCAAUUAAGGUUCUAAAGUUAUGUGGCAGUUUUCUAUAUUUUGUACUUUUUUAAUGUGGCUAUCAAGAUGAGUUGGUUUUUUUUAACAAUCUACAUGCUAGAUAUACAAUCAUACAUAAACUGUACUUUUGGUGAUUGAACAGUCUUUCAUAAUUUCUGCAGGACUAUUAUUUUACUGGAUUGCAGCGCCGCAUAUAUACAUUCACCCUGAGCAAUUUUUCCUUUAAGCUCAGCUCUUGUUCACAAAUAUGUAGGCUCAAAUUGACUUUGAACUUUUCUUACUUUUGAUACUGCUAUCUUUUUUUAAAUAAUGCGCUAGUUUAAAGCUCAGUGCUUUGUUUACUUUGCUUUUUCAAUGCUAUGUGUCCAUGUAGGCAGUAUUUGAGUCCUGUCACCUGAAUGUAUGUUAAGUCCAUAUGUUUCUUGUAUGUUGUGUUACAGGUGAACACAUUUCCAUGGGGAAUGCUUUUUUUAUAAUGAUUGUUUGAUACAUUCUAUGUAAAGAAAACACUAAACCUAUCUUGUCAUGGUAAUUUUAACACUCAUGCAGUAUUAGUAAAGCUGUUUUUCAAAGAA